ACCUCCUUCCAGCCCUCCUCUCUUCUCUGUUGCCCAGACUACCCAGUGAGCUGGAGCAUUUAAGAAGAUUCUUCAGCCCGAAAACACUGAAAAGAAAGAAAAAGGAACAAAAGCCACGAUGAAGUUUGUGGUACUUGUCACCCUCGGGCUAACUUUGCUGUUAGGAGCUCAAGCCAUGCCUUCAAGUCGCCUCUCCUGCUACAGAAAGAUGCUGAAAGAUCGUAACUGUCACAACCUUCCGGAGGGCAGAGCCGACCUGACCCCAAUCGACACAAACGUCCAACAUCAUUUCUGGGAUGGGAAGGGAUGCGAGAUGAUCUGUUACUGCAAUUUCAGCGAAUUGCUCUGUUGCCCAAAAGAUGUCUUCUUUGGACCAAAGAUCUCCUUUGUGAUCCCAUGCAACAAUCCCUGAAGAUCUGCACGCAGUCUGGAGAACAUGGUCCCUAAUUUCCCAUAGACUGUAUCAGUAGAGCAACCUUUCUCAUGUCCACCCAGCGUAUUGAAGUAUAUGUUCUAUUGCCCGAGUAUACCUGGGCUAAAGCAGAAUAAAAAGUUGUUUCCAUCUG